ACUCUCUCCCUCUGUCUCUGCUUUUUGAUUCACUGAAAAGGAGCUGAGCUUCAGCCUGAGCUGUGAAUGCUGAAGGAAGAUAAGGAGCUGGCUGAGGAAGGGCUGACAGAGCUGCCACCUUGCUGGAGACGCUGCAAGUCGGAGCAGUGACGAAAGACAGCAAAGCAUCCUUUAGUUGUGAGGAGUUGGAGGAGCACCACGUCCUACCUGCAGAAAGAAAUCUGAUUACUAGAGAGCUUUCACUGUAACCAGAAUUGGUCUUUAGACAAAGAUCAAGACGGAUUUAUUUCACCAGUUCCACGUCCUACAUCGAGCAUGGGCACACAAGGCCUUCUGGGCUGCCUUCUUCUGAUUGCGCUACUCAGCUUAUCUAACGCUGGGUUAGUCAAGAAAAUCCUGCGGCAUCGACGGCAGGCUCUGUCACCCCUUAAAGAUCACAAUCUCACCCUGCCAGGUGCAGGCCAUCCUGUGGUUUUCAGCCACGUCUAUAACAUCAAUGUUCCUGCCAGUUCGCUGUGCUCAGUAGACCUGGACGCACCAGAGAGCACACAGCUCCUUCCCAAGGCCACCUCCUCCUCAGGCCACCACGUCACUGAACAUACACUCGAUGGGGAGAACCAGAUCGUCUUCACACAUCGCAUCAACAUACCUCGGCAGGCCUGUGGCUGCAGCGACGACCUGCCAGGCCUGAAGGAACUCAUGAGCCGGCUGGAGAUGCUUGAAGGCGAAGUUUCAACUUUGAGGGAUCAGUGCAGCAGCGAAGGGGCCUGCUGCAGUGCUCAGGUCACAGGUGAUUUGGGAACGAAGCCUUUCUGCAACAGUCAUGGAAACUACAGUACUGAAACCUGUGGUUGCAUUUGUGAGCCUGGCUGGACUGGACCCAACUGCACUGAGCCAGAGUGUCCGGGCGGCUGCCAGGACCGUGGACGCUGCGUGGAUGGAAAAUGUGAGUGUUUCAAAGGCUUUGCCGGAGAAGACUGUACACUCGAGGUCUGCCCUGUGGACUGUGGAGCACAAGGCCACUGUGUGGGCAGUGUUUGCGUCUGUUCGGAUGGGUUCUUUGGAGACGACUGCUCUCAGAGCCGGUGCCUGAAUAACUGCCUGGGCCGAGGCCGCUGCGAUGAUGGAUACUGUGUGUGUGAUGAACCUUGGACUGGCUUUGACUGCUCUGAACUCAUCUGCCCCAAAGACUGCUACGACCGCGGACGUUGUGUGAACGGCACCUGCUACUGUGAUGAGGGCUUUAGUGGGGAGGACUGUGGAGAACAGACCUGUCCCAACAACUGCCGUGGCAAUGGUUUCUGUGUUGAUGGUAAAUGCAUCUGCACUGCUGGGUACAGUGGAGAAGACUGCUCUCAGCUUACCUGCCUGAAUGACUGCAACGGCAGAGGCACCUGUUUCAAUGGGAUGUGCAUCUGUGACUCAGGAUAUCAAGGGGAGGACUGCAGCCAGCUGGCAUGUCUGAACAACUGCAACAACAGAGGCCAGUGCAUAAAUGGACAAUGUUCUUGCGAUGUUGGUUUCCAGGGAGAUGACUGCUCUGAGCUGUCUUGUCCCAACAACUGCUUGCAGAGGGGACGCUGUGUUAACGGGCAGUGUGUGUGUGAUGAAGGCUUCGCUGGUGAGGACUGCAGCAUCCGAACCUGCCCAUCAAACUGCUACGGCCGUGGCGAGUGCAUUGGUGGUCGUUGUGUGUGCCACGCAGGCUUCGCGGGUGAGGACUGCAGUGAGCUGAGCUGCCCCAAUAACUGCAGAAACCGUGGCCAGUGCAUCGAUGGGCAGUGUGUUUGCGAGGAAGGGUUCAGUGGAGAGGACUGCAGUCAGAAAGCUUGUCCUAAUGACUGCCUGGGCCGGGGUUACUGUCUUGAUGGCAAGUGCAUCUGUCCGGAAGGCUACACGGGAGAAGACUGCUCUGUGCUCGCCUGUCCGGAUAACUGCAACAACAGGGGACGCUGCAUCAAUGGGAGGUGCACAUGUGAGGGUGGAUAUGAGGGAGAGAGCUGUGCAGAGCUGAGCUGCAUCAACAACUGCCAGGACAAAGGCAGAUGUGUAAACGGACAGUGUGUCUGUGAUGAGGGAUACAUCGGAGAGGACUGCUCUGAAGUGUCUCCUCCAAAAGACCUAACAGUCGGCGAGGUCACUACCGACACUGUAGACCUGUCCUGGAACAAUGAGAUGCUGGUCACAGAGUACCUCGUCACAUAUGUGCCGACCAGUCCUGGGGGUCUUCUCCUGGAGUUCACUGUGCCUGGUGACAAAACUGCAGCCACUGUUAAAGAGCUGGAGCCUGGCAUUGAGUACCUGAUCAGUGUCUACGCUGUCCUGAGCAACAAGAAGAGCAUCCCUGUCAGUGCAAGGGUGGCCACAGAUCUCCCACAGCCAGAGGGUUUAAGAUUCAAAUCAAUAAGAGAAACCUCAGUAGAGGUCAUGUGGGACCAACUGGACAUCUCCUUUGAUGGCUGGGAGAUCUAUUUCCGCAACACGAAAGAAGAAAAUGGAAAAGUCGUGAGCACCCUUCCACCCUCUCAAACAGAGUUUCUCCAGUCUGGGCUUGGACCUGGGCAGGAGUAUGAGGUCUCUAUCAACAUCAUCAAAAAUGACACCAGAGGACCCCAAACAUCCAGGAAAGUCACGACCAAGAUUGAUGCCCCCCAGCAGCUGGAGGUGAAGGAUGUGACGGAGUCCUCAGCUCUGAUCAGCUGGUCUCUGCCGGUGGCUCCCGUGGACAGGGUCACCAUGUUUUACAUGCCUAGUUCUGACCCCUCAGACGAAACCACGGUGGACGUUUCACCUCCUGACAAGCAGUACAGCAUCGACAGUCUGAGACCGGACACUGAGUACACAGUUUCACUCAUUUCCAGAAGCAGAGACGCCACCAGUGACCCCAUCACCACCAUGUUUACUACAGCACUGGAUCCCCCCACGAGUCUGCACACUGUGUCACAGACGGACAACAGCAUCACUGUAGAGUGGACCAACAGUGAGGCUGAUGUAGGCAGCUAUCGAGUGAAAUACAGCCCCAUCUCUGGGGCCACUCACGGUGAAGAAGUGUUCCCACGGGGCCCAGGAGACACCACACAAGCUACCAUCACUAGACUGAACCCGGGGACAGAGUACGGGAUUGGAGUGACAGCUGUGAAGAAUGAGCGGGAGAGCCUCCCUGCUACUACAAAUGGAGCAACUGAUCUCGAUCCUCCCAGAGGUUUUGAAAAGGUCAAGUCUACAGAGACGUCUCUCACCAUGGGGUGGCAAAAACCUCAAGCUAAAGUUGGUGGGUACAGGCUGGUGUACAUGUCCAGAGAUGGCCAGGCUGAAGAGGUGGAGAUUCCCGCCUCAGCGACUACAUAUGUCCUGUCCAACCUGACGCCUGGAAUGAGCUACACCAUUACGUUGACUGCAGAGAGGGGACACAGGAAGAGCAGACCCGUCUCCUUACCCGCAUCUACAGCGGAGCUGAAGCCAGCGGUGGUGAACCUCACCAUCUCUGACAUUACAUGGGACGGCUUCACUGCCUCCUGGAGUCCCACAGGUGGGGACUUUGACAGCUUUGUCAUUGAAGUAACAAACAUGGAGAAUUUCAUGGAGAGCCAGAACCUCACUCUGUCCGGAGACGCUAUGAGCCUGGGCAUCUCUGGGCUGAAUCCCAACACCAGCUACAUGGUUGGCCUGUAUGGGAUGUAUCAGAGCUCCUUCACUGAACCCCUGUACAGUGAAGCUACCACAGAGGCCGAGUCGGAGGUAGAGCAUCUCUUCAUCUCGGAUAUCACCGCUGACAGUUUCCGUCUGUCGUGGGCGGCUGACGAAGACCUGUUUGACAGAUUUGUGAUCAAAGUAAGAGACAGCAAAAGAUUAACACACCCUCAGGAGUACAACGCCCACGGCCAUGAGCGAACCAGGGUUGUAACUGGCCUCAUGGGUGGCACUGAGUAUGAAAUCGAGCUUUAUGGCGUCACUUUGGACCAACGCUCUCAACCUAUAACAGGGGUUGCUCACACAGGUCUGAGCGCUCCAAGAGGAAUUCAUUUCUCUGAUGUGACGGACUCUUCAGCCGUAGUUCACUGGACCAUGCCACACUCUCCAGUGGAUAACUAUCGCAUUACCUAUGUGCCGUUUGAAGGUGGAAGCCCAUUGAUUGUGAGUGCAGAUGGGAGUGUAUCUGAGACUUUGCUGGUCAAUAUGAUCCCUGGAAAGACCUACCAAGUAACUGUGAGUGCUAUGAAGGGCCUGGAGGAAAGUGAGCCCAGCACAGACACCGUAACCACAGCUUUGGACAGCCCGCAGGGUCUGACUGCAGUAAAUGUCACUGAUACGUCAGCUCUGUUGCUGUGGCAACCAUCUGUUGCCACUGUUGAUGGCUACGUCAUCACCUACAGAGCUGAUUCAGUGACACCUGUGGUAGAGCAUGUUUCUGGAAACACGGUGGAGUUCGAAAUGAACUCUCUAGUUCCAGGAACACACUACAUAGUUGGAGUUCAUGGUAUGAAAGAAGCUCAGAAGAGUGCAUCUGCUGUUACUGAGUUCACCACAGAUGUGGAUCCUCCUCAUGACCUGAUGGCUAUUAAUAUUCAAACUGACAGUGCAACUCUGACCUGGAAUCCUCCUCAUGCAGCAGUCACCGGUUACAUACUCACUUUCUCCUCUGCUGAUGGUGUAAUAAGGGAGGUGAUGCUAAGCCCAACAGCAUCCUCCUACAGCAUGUCUCAGCUGACUGGUUCAACAGAGUACAGCGUCCGACUGCAGGCCAUAGCUGGACCCCAGAGGAGUCGCUAUGUAACCACCGUCUUCUCCACCGCUGGACAUUUGUUCAGGCGCCCCAGGGACUGUGCUCAGGUUUUACUGAAUGGAGAGGCGACCUCUGGCCUGUACACCAUCUAUAUCGGAGGGGAGGAGAGCCAGCCCAUCCAGGUUUACUGCGACAUGACCACAGAUGGUGGAGGAUGGCUGGUUUUCCUCAAACGCCAGAACGGAAAACUAGAGUUCUUCAGAAACUGGAAGAACUACACAGCUGGCUUUGGUAACAUGAACGAUGAGUUCUGGCUGGGUCUCUCCAACGUCCAUAAAAUCACAUCUUUGGGUCAGUAUGAGCUGCGAGUGGACUUGAGAGACAAAGGAGAUUCAGCCUUUGCUCAAUAUGACAAGUUCUCAAUCGCAGAGCCAAGAACGCGUUUUAAACUUUACCUGGGAGCAUUUAAGGGAACUGCAGGUGAUUCCCUGACGUACCACCAGGGUCGGCCCUUCUCCACCUACGACAACGACAACGAUAUAGCCGUGACCAACUGCGCCUUGUCCUACAAAGGUGCCUUUUGGUAUAAAAACUGUCAUCGUGUCAACCUCAUGGGGAAAUAUGGUGACAACAGUCAUAGUAAGGGAAUCAACUGGUUCCACUGGAAGGGCCACGAACACUCAAUCGAAUUUGCAGAGAUGAAGAUCAGGCCAGCCAACAGAAAUUUUGAGAGCCGAAAAAAGAGAUCAUAGACUUAUGAGCCCCCUCCUGUCCUCUCCUCUUCUGCACCUCAUCUCCACUCACCGCCAUCCCCUAGUCUUUAAAUCACUCUCUAAAACACAAACAAAAACAAGGCAGUUUCACUGAGUGGACUUCAGUUCUGGCUGUGAGAAACAAGUCUGGUAACGUCAUACCAAAGAAUCAAAACAUUAGCCGUUGGUUUGUAGCUGUCCCGAUGUGGCACUGUUGUGCGACUGUAUUCCCAAACAAAGUAGCUGUUUUGUUGUUGUUGUUUUUGAUUGUGUGAAUGAGCAUUUAUGUGUUAUGGGACCAAACGCCUGCAUUAGUGUGUAAACUAUGGGAAAGGAUCCACUAAAUCACUGAUAUGUCAGUGGCAUUGUUUGUAAAAUUGGAUUUUAAAUUGAAUAAUCGAUGAGUAAAAAGUUGUUGUAAAAACCAUAAAUGUUUACUGUAUGUACAAACAUCCACCAACAGACUUGUUGUGCACAUUUAAAUUCUGAUUUGCUUAUUUUGAUAGGUGAAAAAAAAAACAAAACAGAAAACAAAACAA